AUGGAUGUUGGUAGCGCCGCAUGGAAACAGACUUGCCCUGUGACGAUUACAAACGACGAAGCUAUGGAAAUAUACUUGGCUAUGCAUGAGGAGACGAGCGAGGUUCCACUGUAUAUCUCCGAACUGUCCGUUGAACAGUCAGUUGAUGCAAAUGCGUUACAAAUCCUUGAGGAAAAAGUGAUGGAAGAUGAUGAUGACUAUGGCUUCAACUACUGGCAACAGUAUGGUGAUGGAAAUGAUGUAUAUGGAUCACCACAUGCACAUGAGGCUGCAGUGGAGUACGAAGGCGAUGAUAUAUCUGUUGGACAUGUCUUCACAAACAAACAUGAUUGCCUAGCCAAACUUGCUGUAUACGCAUUGAAUAGGCGUUUUCAAUUCCAUCGUAGGGGAAAGAAACUGACUACGUUGACCUGGAUAUCUGAUUCGUGUCCAUGGCGUGUGUAUAUUAUCAAGCUAGAAGAUUCUGACAAUUACCAGAUUACGAGUGCAAACCUAAGACACACAUGCUCCGUUGUGGAUGAGGAUCGUAAUGCAUACCGUUUACAAGCGAAAACCAAGUUCUUAAGGAGCUUAAAAAAAUCAAAGUUUGCUCAGGCGAUUGACCUUCAGAAACUUCUAGACAAUCACAAGGCGAUGGUGUCUUACUGGAAAGCGUGGGAAUCACGUGAGCCUGAUAACAGUUUCGCAUUACUUCCUUCUUACCUCUAUUGUCUAGGUCAGGCUUAUACCGGAACCGUUACGCACCUCCAUCAGGAAGCUAAUAAGUUCAAGUACCUCUUCUUAGCAUUCUCAUUCUCUUUAAGUGGGUUCGCAUCCAUGCGUCGUGUCAUCAUCCUUGAUGCAGCUCCUAUACGUGGGAGAUUCGAGGGUUGCCUCCUAAUCGCAAGCUGCCAAGAUCCUAACUUUCAGGAAUAUCCAUUGGCGUUUGGGAUUGUUGACGAAGAAAAUGACGAAGCUUGGGAUUGGUUUUUCCGCAUGCUCAAUACGGUCAUACCAGAUAGUGAUAAUUUGGCGUUUGUUUCGGAGUGGCAUUCCUCAAUUUGCGCUGGCAUACGCCGGGUAUAUCCUAAAUCCUCGCAUGGGGCGUGUGUGGUUCACUUGCACCGUGAGGUUUGCACUAUUUUCGACAAUCGUGAUCUUGCUGACCUUGUAUCCGAAGCUGCACGUGCAUAUCGUGUAGACGAUUUUCAUGCAGCCUUUGCCGAGAUUGGUAGGAUUGAGCCAGAGUGUGCAAACUAUCUAGAGGGGAUAGGGUUUUGCCAUUGGGCGCGGUCACAUUUCAUGGGUAACAGGUACAAUAUUAUGACGUGUAAUGUUGCCAAAUCUGUUAAUUCUGUCUUAAAGGAAGCUAGGGAAUUUCCCAUUAUACCGCUGAUGGAGUUUAUCCGAACAACCUUGCUGACAUGGUUUGUAAUGAGGCCAAUGGCGGACCUACAUAGGAAAUGGAUUCGUGAACGGAUUCGCCAAAACUUAAAGAUUUCCGAGGGGUUAACAGCUCAGCGUGUUGAUGCAUUUGAGUACGAUGUGAGGGGCGAUUCUAGACGACGUUCAUUCCAUGUCAAUCUAAAGCGAAGGACAUGCACUUGCCGAGAGUAUAAUUUGUUGGGUAUACCAUGCUCGCACGCCAUAUGUGCCGCUGUGGCUGACGGCUAUGCGAUCCAUGAGCUUGUUGGUUUGGACUACACUACAGGCUAG